CUGACGCACCACGCACAAUAAUAGAUGUCUCUAUGAGCCGUCUUGCAGAGCAGCUGCGUCUCUCGCUAAUCACCAAAUCCGCUCGUUUCCUCUCUCUCAAGCUUUCUUACUUUUCUCUCUCCACUUUCCGUCUCUGCAAAUCCCUCGCUCGCUCUUUCUUCUUCAAAACCCUAGCUCUUUUCCCCUCCCUCAUGGACGACGAUUUGUUCUCCUCCGCCGACGAUAACUUCCUCGACCUUGAAUUCUCCUCUGCCUCUACUUCCAAUUACUUUCAACCUCACUUUCUCGAUGAUGACGACAAUGGCGUUGACAAGCUCUACUUGGUUCCCUGCAGUUGGUGGAGGGAGACGCAAAUGGGUGCUAAUGAAACGGGAGUCUUGUAUGAUGUGUCGGUGAGUAAUGAUGAUGAUAUGGAAAUUGUACUGGAUUUAAAGAAGAUAGAGGACUCCAGGAAGAGUAGUAAUGCUGCUGAAGGGUUUUCAGGUCAGGAGUACGCAUUAGUCUCUGGGACAAUGUGGUUGCAGGCACUGAAAUGGCAUAAUGAUUGUAAUGUGGCAGUGACAGAUGUGCAUCGCCCUUUUCUUUCAGAAGAUGAUCUAGAAGAUGUCUUUCCUAUACAAAUUAGGCUUUCAGUUUCUUGGGAAACAAAUUCUUUGGUUGUGAAGAUCAGCUUAAAGGACAAUAUGAUUGGUUUCUACAAGAGAGCCUGUGAUAUUUUUGUUCCCGAGGCUGAGCAGGUGCAUAUUUGGGAUUUCUCUGGGCAAACAACCCAGUUUCUGAAUGAUAGGAUUAACUUGCCUAAUGGUUCUAUGGGACAAUCUGCUGAAGAGAUUCUCCUUGAAUUGCAAGUCCAUGGAUUUUCAGAUUCCAAGAAUGGUAGAGAUGAAAGUAUAGAUGGAAUGAUAGAAUAUGACAGAAAAGAUAUCUCCUUUGACAGUGGUUCAGUUAAAAUGAAUGGAAGCAGUGAUUAUGUGAUCUCUCGUUCAACUCCCAAAAACUUGUCAGUUUCUGGAUGUCGUUAUAGAAGAGCUCGUUUCUUGGGUUUGACAGGACUACAAAAUCUUGGGAAUACAUGUUUCAUGAAUAGUGCAAUUCAGUGUUUGGCACACACUCCAAAGAUUGUUGAUUAUUUUGUAGGAGAUUACAGAAAAGAAAUAAACCGUGAAAAUCCGCUAGGGAUGAAUGGUGAGCUUGCUUUGGCAUUUGGAGACUUGUUGAGAAAGUUGUGGGCUCCAGGGGCAUCCCCAGUUGCUCCUAGAAUGUUCAAGUUAAAACUUGCUAAAUUUGCUCCUCAAUUCAGUGGGUAUAAUCAGCAUGAUUCUCAAGAAUUUCUUGCCUUUUUGUUGGAUGGACUGCAUGAAGAUCUGAAUCAUGUGAAAUGCAAGCCAUACAUAGAAGUGAAAGAUGCAGACAGCCGUUCAGACAAAGAAGUGGCAGAUGAAUAUUGGCAGAAUCACCUUGCCCGCAAUGACUCUAUUAUAGUUGAUUUGUUCCAAGGUCAAUACCGUUCAACCUUGGUUUGCCCCAUUUGCAAGAAGAAGUCUGUUACAUUUGAUCCAUUUAUGUACCUUUCACUGCCAUUACCUUCGACUACUAUGCGGACAAUGACUUUGACCAUGUUGAGCAGUGAUGGAACUACCCUGCCUUGUCCUAUUACUGUAUCUGUGCCAAAUUGUGGGAGGUUAAAGGACCUUAUUGAGGCAUUGAGCACUGCAUGUUCCUUAAGAAAUGAUGAAUCCCUGCUAGUAGUUGAGAUAUACAAGAAUAAAAUAUUCCGUUUCCUGGAGGAGCCAUCUGAUUCAUUAGCUUUGAUCAGAGAUGAUGACAAACUUGUAGCUUAUCGGUUACCCAAAGUCACCGAGGCAUCUCCCUUGGUUGUGUUUAUGCAUGAACUCUUGGACAAGCCGUCUGAAUUGGAGAAAUCAGUACCAAAUUGGAAGUUAUUUGGGAUUCCUCUUGUAGCAAGAUUGUCUGAUCACUCUAAUGGAUCUGAUUUCCGUAAUCAGUAUCUGAAACUGCUUAGUCCAUUUCUAAUGCCUGAUGAUACAUUAAAUGAUGAUGAUUCUGGAGUCACAGCUAAUGAAGAUUCUGCCAUGGAGGAUGUCCCUAGCAUUAAUGUUUCAGAUGGUAAUGCAGACUCUGAUAGUGAAACAGAUAAUGGCCCUCUGUUCAGUAAUGAUUUUCAGUUCUGCAUCAAAGAUUAUCAUGGUAGAGUGACAGAAAUAGAGAUGAAUAAACCAUUACUGGCUCCAUCAUAUAACAAUAGAUUAGAAGUGCAUGUUCUCUGGUCCGAAAAAAUGGUUGAAAAGUAUGAUACAUGCAUUCUUAGCUCUUUGCCAGAGGUUUUUAAGCCACAGCUGUGCACUAGGAGGCCUCAAGAGUCUGUUUCUUUGUAUAAAUGCCUUGAAGCAUUUUUGAAGGAAGAGCCUUUAGGACCAGACGACAUGUGGUACUGUCCCAGCUGUAAAAGGCCUCGACAAGCUAGUAAGAAGUUGGACCUUUGGAGAUUGCCUGAAAUAUUGGUUGUUCAUUUAAAGAGGUUCUCAUACAGUCGAAUCAUUAAGAACAAACUAGAAACAUAUGUUGACUUCCCAGUUGAGGAUUUUGAUCUUUCAACUUACAUGUCUCACAAGGAUAGCCAUCUUUGUAAUAGAUAUACUCUAUAUGCGAUAAGUAAUCAUUAUGGAGGCAUGGGAGGUGGUCACUAUACUGCAUUUGUUGAUCAUGGCCAUUGUAGGUGGUAUGAGUUUGAUGAUGAGAAUGUUUCUCCUGUUAGCGAGGACAGGAUCAAAACAUCUGCUGCUUAUGUCCUCUUCUACAAGAGAGUUAGUUGACAUUGUUGGGCACUAAUUCAAGUUGAAAUCAGGGUUACAUCACAAAGCUUAGAGAUUGGAAUUUGGAGAAAACAGAUACAAGAACAGAAGACAAGUCGUACAGUUUUUGGAAGCUUCUGGUGAAAGAUGAAAGUUGAUUACAAAUUGAUUGAAUUACCUGCUUCUUACAUGUAUAUAUCAUAUUUCACAUGAAGAAUUAUGGUUUUGACAAAAAUUAUCAUUGAUAGUUUUGUCACAAAUUUUUGCGGGGAAAAUUCCCCGUUGGUUUAAUGUAUAUUGUUUUGAUGAAAAUGGAAAUUUGGUAUUAGUUAGA